GGCGUGGCCAUAGUGGGAUUCGUAAUAUCACGCACGGGACUUGUUCGGAUUGGAGGUGGAAGAGAAGAUUGCAACAUAGCAGCCUUUAAUAAGGGGAGGAUCUGGGCACCGAGCGGCACAGUGAAAGCGCAACAACAUUAGCAGCGGAAAGUUCACUAGGACUCAGUUCAGCGGAAGUGGAGCUCGAGCAAAGUCAGUUUUCGCAACAGGUGUGAGUAGUUGUGCGGCUCCCCGUUUCCAGCAUCCGAAGUGGUUCGGAAAAGUGAGUAGAACAAGUUUUCGUCGGUCAGAAGGGUAAACAACAUGUCAAACCUCCGACCCAGACUUUGUGUGCUGGAGAAAGGAUCCAGCGGCUACGGGUUCCACCUGCACGGGGAGAAGGGCAAGACCGGGCAGUUUGUCAGGCUCGUUGAGCCCGACACUCCCGCCUCCGCGGCCGGGCUUCUGGCAGGCGACCGCCUAGUGUUCGUGAAUGGAGAGAGCGUGGAGGGCGAGAGCCAUCAGCAAGUGGUCGCCAGGAUACGGUCCACAACCGGGGCUCUGGAGAUUAUCGUGGUGGACGACGAGACGGCUGAGCUGCUGAAGAAACACAACCUGCAGUGCCGGAAAGAGUUCGUCACGGAAGGGAUUCCCCUGCCCGGGGGGGACAGCGACUCUGACCGCGGGGACUCGCAGAGCAACGGCACCCCGAGGGGGUCCAGCCCUGCCCCGCCUGAGAACGGGGAUGCUUCCUCGGAGAGCUCGGACAGGUCGGGGAGGCUGAGUGUCAGCUCCAACACCAAGGAGAGAGGCAGGCUGCGGCCGCGGCUCUGCCAAAUGAAGAAGGGAACCAGCGGCUACGGUUUCAACCUGCACAGCGAGAAGUCCAAACCGGGCCAGUACAUCCGAGCUGUGGACGAAGACUCUCCGGCACAGAGAGCCGGCCUCCGGCCACAGGACAAGAUCAUCCAGGUGAAUGGCCGGUCAGUGAUUGGUCUGCAGCACUCCGAGGUGGUCGCCGCUAUCAAAGCAGGAGGAGACUCCACCUCGCUGCUGGUGGUGGAUGCAGAGUCUGAGGAGUUCUUUAACAGAUGCAGAGUCCUGCCCACCGAGGCACAUGUCACCGGACCUCUUCCUGAGCCAGCGUCAGAGGAGGAGGUGGCCGCCCAGGCGAAGCCCAAGGUGUCGGUGAGCUCGUCUGCCUCCAGCGCGUCCUCCACCGCCUCGCUGCCGGCAGAGGUGGAGCGGGCCCCGAGGGCGGCCCCAGCAGCUGACAGCCUGGGUCUGAGCAUGUCGCUGGCCGAGGCCAAAGAGAAAGCCCGGCAGAAACGAGCUGCCAAGAAAGCCCCGACCAUGGACUGGAGCAAGAGGAACGAACUGUUCGGCAACCUAUAAUCAUCAUCAUCAUCAUCAUCAUCAUCAUCAUCAUCAUCAUCAUCAUCAUCUUCGUCUUCAGUUCCAUCCUGGCCGUCUUACUGCCCUGUGUCCGCUCGCUGGAUUUGGUUUUAACUUUGACCAACACAAUGUUCAUUUAGAACAUUUUGAACUUAUCUUAAACAGUAUUAUUUGAUGAUUUUAUUUCUUUUAAUUUAGUUUUGCCACUUUUUCCUUUCUCAUGUUUUAAUAAUUGUUGACGUCACACACAGGAAUGAAUUUUAAUAUAUUAAGAAUGUUUUAAAGAGUGAAUAAAUUGUAAUGGACAGGUUCUCAAAUGAAAAGGACCAUUUAAGGAAUAAUGGGGCAUAGGGAAAAAUGUAUUCUUGGCAGAUUUUGAGUCAAAAUGUUAAAUUUACAGUUUGAACAAACGUCAGAGUUUGAUGUCUGCAAUCAGCAACUAGAAUGAAAGAAUGUCCAUUAUCUCUGCUCAGUAUCUGUGAAUGAUCAAUGCUGAAUAACUCUCCCGAGCCCUUGUUGUCAGCAGCAUGUUAAAGUCUUCACAUGGUUGAAGGGACUUUGUAGUUUGUAGAACGAUUAAAGCUCUGGUCUUAAGCCUGA